AACUAGAAAAGAAGCAAGAACUGAAAAAGAAGCAAACACUGGAAUGGAUUCAAAAACUAGAAAAGAAAGAAGAACUGAAAAUGGAGAAACAACUGAAAGAGAUACAAAAACUAGUAAACAAAGAAGAACUGAAAAGGCAGAAGAAACUGGAAAAAAUGCAAAAACUAAAAAACAAAGAAGAACUGAAAAAGAAGAAGAAACUGGAAAAAAUGCAAAAAACAACAAACAAAGAAGAACUGAAAAAGAAGAAGAAACUGGAAAAAAUGCAAAAACUGGAAAAGAAGCAAGAGCCGGAAAAGAUGCCAGAACUGGAAAAUAUAGACGAGUCAGAAAAGACGCAAUACCUGGAAAAGAAGCAAAAAACGGAAAAGAAUCCUAAUCUGAAAAACAAGCUGGAACCGGAAAAGAACUGUCAAACCCGAAAAGGAAACCGGAUGAACUGCGAAAAGAGCCAGAACUCGAUAACGACUGUAGAACGAUUGAUUUAAUGACCAAACGAAGCAAGACCCG